UAUUAAAAGUUUGGAAGAUUUAUUCGAAUGACGCGCCAUUUUUUGAAAUGUUACCAUAACGUUUCGUUGAUUGGUACGCUUGAAUGAAAUGAGUCCAACAUUCCAGAUAAACUAUAGUAUUAUCUACUGUUACCCUUAUCUUCUAUGAAAUUUCUCUGAACCUGUGAAUGUUCUUUUAGAGUGCAUUGGUCAAGUAUGGAGUGGUUGUAUAUCUUAUUGGUCAUUGAUGACAGUUCUCUGACAUCUUUUGAAACUGAUGUAAUGAUAAACAUAAAAUCAUGAGUGACACAACAAAAAUUUAAUAUAGCUUAAGACGCAAGUGUUCAGGACAGCCUACAAGCCAUGAUGAUUCAUAUUCCUUGAUUUUUGAGAAACUUUAAAAAAUCAUCAUGGAAGAGAACGAAUUAUACAAUGUUACCGUUCCAUUUUUGUCUGGUAUUGAACCAGCAUUUUGGAACUAUUCUGAUCAUGUUAUUCUUGAUGAUCUUAAAAUGGACAGCAACUUUAUAUGGUUGCUUUGUUCAUUAGUAUCUGCCAUAUCUUGGAUCAUCUAUAUAGUUUAUUAUAAUAGCAGAGUUAUUGGUUACAUAUUAACAAAAUUGUUGAAUCGUUUUGUUAUACGUGAUGGAUAUGUUAAAAUUGGAUCAUUUACAUUAAGUGCUCUAAGUGGAAAGAUAAUGUUUAGAGAUAUAGUUUAUAUUACAACAGAUUAUAGUAUUAGAAUACAAGAUGGAUGGCUUAUAUUUAGAUGGUGGAGGAGUUAUGUCCCAAAAGAUGUAUCAGAAGAUCUUUCUCAUUCAGAUACACGACUUUCAGUAAUGUUAAAUGGAUUUGAAUUACAUGUAUAUAAUCGCUGUCAGUUAUAUGCACAAUUGGAAAAAUCAUUUGGUCUCACACCUCAAAUGUUUGCAGACGAAGACAAUUUUUGCAUGAAUGUCGAUGAUCACGAUGUAACGUCAUUAGGCAAUGCUAAUCAUGAAAAUCGUCAACAAAUAAAUGCAAUGGAUGUUUCGCGUCAUGUUGACAACAUUAGAAAAAAAGAAGCUCAUGUUAUUGCUAGAACCUGGAGAGAUUUAAUACCUGUUAUUAAAUUAGAUGUUUGCACGGGGAGAUUAGUAUUUGGUAAUCGCUUAGUACCGACAACACUUUCAAUAACUGUAGAAGAAGCACAUUUUGUAUAUUCCACUAAACCAGCAGCAUCUCGACAUGAUCAUUUUAUGCAUUUUUCAAAGUGUAAAGCAGAAAACUUCAAAGUCAUUUUAGCACCUAGCCCCAAGUACACAGGAAUGGUUGAUGAUCCACCUAGAUACAUGGGCGAAGGUUUUGUUGUCUUAAGUUCUAAUAAUAUGGAAGUAUAUUAUUAUAUGGAUGAACCUGGAUUUGUUCCUGAACAUCCAGAAAUGAUACAAUUAGUUAAUGGUGAUAUGGUUGAAGCAAUGCCACCUAUUUGGGGUAUAGAUAUUAAAUGUGGGAAGGGUACAGAUUUUAGUUACGGUCCAUGGGCCGAUGGACAAAGAGAACACUUAUUCAAGUUUUUCUUUCCAAAUGAUUAUCAACCAUUGAAAGUCACAAAAACUCCAAUCCCAGGAGAGAAAAGACAAGUGCAAUCCUUUGAUAUUAGAUUAUCAACACUUAAUGAAGCAACAGUAGAUAUACUGUUUAGUAAAAAUAGAGAAACUAAUGCUGUUCAUAUUAAUGUAGGACCAGGAUCAUAUUUAGAAAUUACCAUGCCAUGGAUAGUCUUGCAGGAUGGAUACACCACCAAAAUAACUGGUCAGUUAUUACAUUUAGAAGCUACAACAAGCUUACAAUAUCGUAGUUUAUUUGAGAGCGAAACAUUGGAAUUUGGAGUAAAAUGUCAUUAUCCAAUAAGAUGGAACGAUCAUCAAGAAUGGACACUUAAUUUGACUGGAUGCAAAGCCACGGCUAAUUUAGUUUAUUCGCACAAAGAAUUUUUUCAGGAUAUGAUUAAUGAAUGGGCCAAUAAAUCAAGGCCUGAUAUCUUGCAUUUUGUUCCAUAUACAUGGAAAUUUAGUUUGUUGUUAAAAGAGUUUGAGUUAAUCACAGUUUGUAACGAAUAUAAUUGGAUCGAUUGUUCAUCGCAAAAUCAAGAAAACGCACAUAUUGCUUUUUGUGGAGAAUUUUUUGAUUUAUCAUUUGAUCUCCCAUUUGUGGAUUUUCUACCUUUAACAAUACCCUUACGUUUUUGGAUUCAAGGGGAAAGCGUUGAUCUUUCCUUUUAUUUGCCGGAAGUUAAUACAAAUCGUGCAAUAUUAUUAGCAUUGGACAAAAAUGCAAAGAUUAUGACACGCGAUGGAUCUCAUAAACAUUUAAACGAAUUACACAAAGGUAAAAAAUGGAGGAACGUAUGUCAAAAAGGGUCAGGAUGGGUAGACUGUUGGUCCGUACCAAUUGUAGCAUUAAGUAUUAAUUAUACAUAUCAUCCAUGUCCACCAUUGGGACCUACUCCACAAGCAAAUAUAACAACCCCUGAAAAAGAAGAAAUUUUACUUUCCCCAAUGAGAAUGACGCGUUGUCGAAAAUCUCCGAGUCUUCAAUGGACACGGAAUGGUACUCAAAAAUUUGAUCCUCAAUCUAUACCUCCGGAUAAAGUGAGUUUGGAACUUGAAAUCGGACCAUCCAUAUUAAUAUUAUAUGGAUCAUUGUUAAGAAGUUUUAUGCAUUUAAAAGAAAAUUUAUUUGGCGACUAUCAAACUUUCACUGAUAUGCAACAGAGUAGAGCUAGUCCUACGGUUGUAAGUACAGAUAGAAGUAAGGAUCGAGAUAUGCAAAACAGCAGUGUUGAAGCAUCAAUGGAAGAUGAGGAAAUCAAAUCUAAACCAUUUGAUCCACGAGAUUAUCGACCAUUAGAAGUUACGGUGGGUAUCACAAUGCAUGAUAUACAAGCUCAUCUUAUAAAAAAUUGUGGAGAAAAUGAUCCGCCCUGUCCUGUUAUACUCCUUGAACGAUUUGGUUUUGAAAUGAGAAAAACUUUCAAAGAAACAGAAUUGCAGCUUCUUCUUUCACCUGCAAUAGCAUUGCUUAUGGAUAAUGUAGCAAGAUCGAGUAAAGAAAGACAUUUAAAUCAAGGUCAUCUAAUGUUAAGUGCAUUACAAGUGAGAGGUCAUGCAAUGUUUAGCAACGAAGGAAGAAGUUUGGAUCAAGAAACUUUGGAAUAUGCAUGGUUGAUCGAAAUACAAUUAGGGAAAUUAAGUGGAAAAAUAAGUUCACCUCAAUUACAUCAUCUUGUAACUUCUUUGGAAACUUUUUUGUUAAUGGUGAAGAAUUCGGAAAAUAGCUUACGUCCUCCGGAUUUACCUCAUCAUUGUCAUCAUGGUGUUCCUCCAUUGCAAUGUACAGAUAGCGAUCCUGAUAAGCAUUAUAGAUGUCCUAGUUCUGAAGAUAUCAAAUAUAGAAUGACAAGAUUGUCCGUAGAUGCUAUUGAUUUAUAUUUCCAAGAAGUGGGCACAGUAAUACAAUUCUGGAUAUCUCCAAUUCGUUUAUCAACUUGUAAUCUACAUGGACAACAAGUAAAAUCUGGUGUAACGGGAGUACUACCGACGAUAUUGAUUCGUCAAUUUGUAUCUGCAGCUGGUCAUUUUGCUAAUACGAGUAAUACUAAUACAACUGGUAGUGGAAGGUCACAUAAUAAUACAAGUAGUAGGUUGUCAGGUGAUGGAACUGACAUUUGGCUUGAAGUAGGGUCUGUGUCUUUGGGUCCAGUUAUUCUGGAAGCUGCGAUUUCUCUUCCUACACCAGAACAUGAUUUGCAUUUAGUACAAAAUAAAUAUUUAAAAAUGCACGAUGAAGCAACAAAAAGAUUAUGGUUUCUUUGGCCCCAAGAAAGUGGCCUAAAAUCAACAAAAUGCGGAUGCAUCGGUGGAUGUGCAUUUUUUGGAAAUAACAAAAAUGGCUCAAGAUUUUUUAAACCAAGCUAUCACGAUCUACAAGAUGGAAUUAAUAUUGCUGCUUACAGGAUCUAUGAAUCAGGAAAAGAAAAAGGAUUUGGACAGUCUAUUUUACACGAUAAUCAAUUAGUUUUUCAUACACCUCCGUAUAGUUUACAAGAUGUAUCUUUGCAAGACUCGUGUUAUCCUGUCACAGGAGUCAAAGUAACUAUUGCUCAGGAAGGAUUGCAAACUUCAAAGAAAAAUAUCGAUCGUCCAAGGUCUGUAUUUGAACAAUAAUACAAUAUAUAUUACAGUUGCAAAUAUAUACAGACACACAUGCACACACACAUAUGUUUUUUAAAUAUCUUUUUUUAUUACAGUGCAUCCAAUAUAAAAGAUGUUCCAUACUCUCGCUUGGUUGAUGCCAGUCCUGUCGCACAGUUACCACAAAAAUUAGAUUCUGACUCUAAAUUAAAUACAGAACGUAGCAAAUCUAUCUUAAGCGUUCCAGAAAUUGAAACUGCUCCAAAAAGUAGCGUAUCUGACUCUAAAUUAGCGGUAGAUUAUUUUAAUGCAACAGACGUGGAUACAGUAGAACAAAGUAGUAGUCCUCAAUCUUUACCUAUAGUUCCAACAGAAAUGUCUUUUUCUGGAACUAUAAGAUCGUCAACAAAAAGCAGCGAUCGUGUCAAUGUAUCUGAUUCUCAUCAUUCGUUGUGUGUAAGAUCAGAUUCCGAGGAACGUUUCAAGCAAGAGGUUCAAAGAACUAUCUCAAUGUCAUCAGAAAAUCAUUCAGAAGCAUUUUAUUCCGCCGAUGAAGAUAUGAGUCAUGGUUUGAGCGGAAGUAGAACAUCUAGUUUACGUCAAUCUAUCGUUGGUUCCGGCUCGGUUUUAAAUCGUAACGAUAGUAUGAAAAAAAAAUUUUCAUCCGAUUUGUCUAUUGUGGAAAGUUCAACGAAUGUUAAUCUUUCUGCAGCAGAUAAAGCUCAUACUUUAGAAAGAGCAAAAACUCAAACACUAAACUCAAAACGUAGUCCAAGAGUUACCAAGAAUGCUACUCUCCAGAAUGAUACUGGUACAUUGAAUGAUAAUGGAGGUUUACAGGAUUCUUCUGAUAGCCAUUCUGUUUCAUCUACAAGUUUUAUAUCUGCUGUAUCGUCGCAAGAGGAUGUUACACUCGUGAAUUUGCACAUGCAAGUGAAUAAACCGAUAGUCGACUCUCCGCUUCUAAUGUCAAGUUACGUCAGUCAUUUAACACAGGUAAAGUGCUCCAAUUGGACACAAUCAUCAUUACCUUCUGGUGGAGAUGCAUUUACUACACCAGUAUUUCAACGCACAGAAGACGGUAGACUCGUUUAUGUAGGAGGGAAAUAUGUGCCAAAACUUGAAACGAUUAGCGAAGGAUUUACGUCUUUAAAAAUGGUAACACGUUGCGAUGGUUCACCUAUUGCAGGAUCCUCAAAUAAAACACCCACGCAUCCUUAUUUAUGGGAUAGUACAACACUAAAUCAAAUGGAAGGCGAGGAUAAUAAUACUACUCACGAUGAAGAGGAAUUAUUGGCAGCACACGAAACAGGAUCUCGAACGACAGUUAUUAUAAAAUUCAAGGGAGAUAUUGAUAUCAUGAUAAGUCCUAUGGUGUUAGAGUCUCUUCAACGUUUCAUAGAAACAAUAGUACCAACUUUGGCUAUGUUACAUCCAUUAACGAUCUUAAAUCAUCUUCAUAACGAAUGUAUAGAAAAAGUCAAAGAUGCUAACGUUUUAAAGCAAGAUCAAAGUUUGUCUUAUUGGAGUCAAGUACAAACCAGCUCUAAACGAUCAACAGCAGAAAGGAAUGUUAAGAAUGGUCAGGGUGAUGAUAAAAGUAAAAUUGCGUUGCAAACUAAUGUUUAUGAAGAAAGUAUUACGACACAAAUACAAGGUAGCAUCAUUUUACCAAAGAUGAACUUAACGUUAUUGCAAGCAUCUGUUGUUGAAGAAAUAAUAUCUUUUUCUGCGCUUGAAAAUAUACGAGAUCUUACGUGCGUAUCAUUAUUUGCAAUUUGUUUCGACGAUGUCACAGCAAGAUUUUAUAUCGGUAAACAAGCGAGAGAAGUCGUUCAAACGUUUCACAAACCUGCCGUAUUACCGAAUCAAAAGAAAGUUAAUAAAAUUAGUAAAGCAUUUUUACCCGGUCAUCAAACCACAGCUGUAGUGAGUGAUUUUGGUGGCGGAGAAACUGUAUAUAUUGAAACAUCUGAGAAACAACAGGAAGAAAUUAUAAUUACUUUAAAUGUUGGAAAAGUUCAUACGCAAUUGCGUCGGCUUAGGAAUGAAUCUUCGAUAUUAAAAGAUGCCGUUAUAACAGCUAUACCUGCCCAUUAUUCAAGAGUAUUGUUUACAUGUACAAGAAUGACUUCUCCAUUAAAAUGCAUUGAUUAUUAUCUUCUGCAAUUACCCGAUGAAAAAGAUAAACCAAAUAAACAAACAGGUCCUACUCAAGCUACAGAAGAAUUUACUAUGGGUAGUGGAGAAGAUCGAUUAGGAUUCAUUAUGUUCGAAUGUGGUUUGGAAGGAAUUAAAUUGAAAAUUGUAAAAAGGUCGCAAUUUGAGAAAGGAGAAAACGGACACGAUGACAAGAAAGCGGAUACUGAAUUAUUGUAUACUGACAGUAUAAAAAGUCAAGAGGAAUUGGAUAAUGGAGCUGGUUCUACAGCUCCAGCUACUGAGCAAGAGACAAGCUCGGCAAACGUACCUAGUGGGACGCAGAUAAACAACAGUGCUACUUGUGCUAGUCUUAACUCCAAAACAACUAAUGGGAAUACCGUUUCAUGUGUUAUAGAAUUGAAAACUGUAUGGUUUAAUUUUGCAGCACCGCCUCGUACUCCAAUAACAAGGAAAAUAGACUAUACGCGAUUAGAUUGGAAUUUGCUUAGCACUGCAUCUCCAGCCAUUAAUGCUUGGAUGAAUCCAAGUAAUAAAUUUGCCAUUAGAAUCGUCCAUAUGUUUAGAACUAUGUAUCGAAGAUCAACAGCAAUUGUUGCUUGUCUCAUGGCAGAAGCAUUAGAUGUCCAAGGAAUUCACAUGCCAGUUAAGAGUCGUUAUGGAAGAUUAACACCAUUGGCUAAAACUCUACAAGAAGACCCGUCCUGUCAGUUGUGUACGAUUUUGCAAAAUUAUGUAUUACUUUCUGAUUUAGCAAAUAUAGAGACCAAUCUUAAGGAAUCUGAUUUACCUCUAUUAUCUACGCUUCGGCAGGGAGUUAUUGUAUUAAGCAGACAAUGGAAAAAUGUACUUUACACUCCAUUACUUUUGGAACAUAAUUACAAAACGAAACACGUGAAACCUUUGAACGUUACGUUCGCUGUUUCUGAUCCUGAUGAGGAAAAUUUGCUGACGGAUGGGGAGGGUAGUGCAGGAGAUGUUGAUGAUCAGGAAGUGACAGAUGAAUGUGCUAUGCUAAUCCACACGGACCAUAUAAACAAACAUAUACAUGUCAAGAAUGGACAAGAUAAAAGUUCAGGCAUGUGUGGUGAUGGUUUGACGGUUCCUGUAAGUUCUCCUCGUGGGAAAGAUACAACCCCAUUACCAACACCGGUUCCAGGCCCGGAUUCACUAACCUCUCCCUCUCCACCAGUAGUUCUUCCAAAGAGAGGAAAAUCGCUGCAACCUACACAAGUGCCUGUUAGUACACGAGCAAGUAUUGUCUUUCCCUUGCUUGCAAGCGGUGGCCUGUUCAAUCAAAAUCGAGAACAAAAUAAUAUAAGCUAUGGAGCAUUACGAGAAGAAAAGGCACCACAAAUUCAAGUAUCCCAUUCUCAUCAGCUUGGUUCUAAUCCUAGUAUUUAUUCUGGAGGUCUACAUGGAAGUCAACACAGUACUGGGAGUUUAGAUCAAGUGACUUCUCCGAUAAGUCAUCAUUCAAAUAAACCUAUUAACACUGAAGAGGAUUUAUAUAAUUGGAUGGCGAAACAACAAGAGUUUAUAAAAGAUAAUGAAAAAGGAAAUGUAAAAGGACAAUGGGUCUUUCGUGCAGAACAAAAGUCAAUGAAGGAUUCCAAGAUUAAUACUAUGACAACAGAUGAUACAGAGGAUUCAGAUUUACACAGUGGUGCAUUUUUAUACCCAAUGAAAGAUUCACUUCGUUUAUUGGAUGCCCAUUUAAUUUUUGAACCUCUUUUAUCUUCAUUAUCUGUUAUGCCUCAACAAAUGUUAUCAGCAAUUGGUUCUGGAAAUGUAAACAAUAUGUCGUCUUUAGAUUGCUUAGGAUCGAAUUUGUCUCUCGUAGGAUGUAUGGAUACAAUGCGUAUCGAUAUAGUCGUCAGUGAAUUUGGAAAAGUAACAGACAAAAAGAAAAGUAACAAACAUCAACAGAAGAAAGGUGUUGGAUCGAAAUUUUAUCUGGACAUACCUCCUGAAACACCGGCAUUUUUAUGUGAAAAAAUUGGUGUCGAUAUAGAUGUUAAAAAAAUGGCUGAUAUGACAGUCGAUGAUAUGAUACAAAAACAAAAUGUUUUAUACAUAUCCAGAGGUCAACUGAAGAAACAUACUAGCACAGUAGUUAAUUUCAGUCUCAAUAUACGUUAUAUCAGUCAACAAGUAAAUAUGCCAUUACUCAGAUUAUUGCAUCAAAUUAGUAAUAUGUAUCAAAAUGUUAAGGAGACACAAAUGGAAUUGAAAGAACAACAUCCUGAAACCAAACGAAAUACAAAUUUACUUGUCAAUGAUACCGUCACAAAAAAUGGCUCCUCCUCAACAUCUGAUUUACAAGAGCACCUUCUUAUCGGAAAAAAAGCAGAAGUUCCAUUACUUCGUAAUAGUUUCGAGCCAAAUCAACAAAAGGUCAUAUCACCAGGUGCAAGUAUUAGGUCUCGACCGCAAAGUUUUGCUCAAAAAUUACGUAGUACAGGAAAAAGCGUAAAAGGCUACAUUAAUCUAAGCGAAGGUGUUAUUACACCUAGUUUUGGAGCGAGUCCUAGUGGAUCGGGUCUUGAUAAAUUUAGCAUAUUAUCGGAUAAAUGCAAAGAUACUGUUAAUUUAAUACCCAGAUGUUGGAAAACCAUCUAUUAUCUCUUAGAUCUAUAUGCAACACGUCCAGAAACUAAGACUAUUACGCAUCGAUUUUCUAUACCCGCGGAUGCGGCGGAACAUUACAAAACAAAUAAGAAGUAUGAAAUUUUGAAUGAAACGAAAGAUGGAGAUCUCGAAAAGGGUUUAAAUGUAGAGAAUAGUUCCACACCGGUACCACCUCCAAGGGAAUUAAGUAUUGUAACAGGUGAAAGGACUAGGCUAAUCAUUUUUGGAGUUGCAAGAAUACAUAGAACUCGGCUUUUGGCUACUUUAAGUGGAUUAAAACUAGAAGCUGAAAUUACAAGUUUGCACGCAAGCUUAACGUGUCGUAAAAAAACUCGACCUGCUAGUUUGGAAUGUAGUUUGACAGGACAGAUUGGUAGAACCAUGAUCGUUUUACUGGAAGGUGUAGCACCUAGUCAACAGACCGUUGUCAAAAUAACAGUUGGAAAAUCACAAGCUUUAUACUCCAGCAUCACCAGACGUCAGAAAGACAAGAACAGUGGCUUGCUAACUGUUGGAGCUGUAAAUAUAGAUAUACCACAGCAUCCAGUUGCUCUGCAUGGAAUGAUGACGAGAGGUAGUAAACAAUUAUCAUCAACUUUACAGGAAUUAAGAGUUACAAGAACAUCUUCACGAAUGUCGAGAGGACAGCAACCAGAUGAGUUAGAUGCUGGACCCAGUAGUCCACAUCAUGAUGCACCAGCACCUACCAUAGACGAAGAAAAAUCUCAAGCUAUGCCUAGCCUCUUGGAACCAAUUGUUAUGCAAUUUCAUAUAAUACUUCAAAGUUUAAGUAUAACAGCAGCAUUGCUUCCUUCUUUACAAGCACAAUAUAAAAUGGAUCAAGUAAACAGUUCGGGUGUAACUGGUAGUAAAGCUAAAUUUACGAUAGAUCUGCCUCAUCAUAGUCUAAGUUUUACAACAAAAUUACAAGUAACGGAAGCAAAUCUACCUUCUGAAGCAAGUAUUGAACUUCCUAAAGUACAUGUAUCAGCAGAAUAUAUACAAGAUGGAAACAACAACUUAAACGAUAGUAAAAUUGCUGAUGGAGUUGUUUUAAGACAGGGUAGUUAUUUGAGUGCCACUGCAGACAUUGGUACAUUUGAACAUUCUUUAACAACAGAUCUAUUAAAUCAUUUAGUAUUUGUACAAAAAGUAUUUAUGAAGGAAGUUAACGAAGUUGUACAAAAAGUAUAUGGUGGAGAGAAACCAGUUCCUCUCUGGCUCGAAGACGACGAAUCAACAAAUUCUACUUUAAAAAGAAUAUUAUUUUCAUUGGUCAUUCGUAUCAAGAGAAUACAAUUAACUGCAACAACUCCAACAAAUUCCGCAGUUCGUUUAGAAACCGGUACCGUCGAAUUUCAAUUAUCUAACAGAGUACAAAAUGUUUCUGGUGCAACUCAACCAAAUCCACACAUGAAGUUAUUUGGCAAAGCACAAGUUGAUAUUAAUUUGAGUCUUGGACAAUUAUUAAAAAAUGCUCUGUUUGAAGAAGCGGAACCGGAAUUUCAACAGUUUGCAUUUUUUAAUACAAGAGUAGGUUUACGAAAUGCGUUUCAAGAAGAAAUGGCUCAAGGUGAAGACAAAGAAGUAGUUUUAAUUACUCUAAAACGUCCAUUAAUUUACAUACAACCAAUGGCUGUCGAUAAAGCAAUACUCGUUUGGUUGAAUUAUAAGAAUGCAUAUGAAUAUUGGAACGAGAAACGAUCUAAUUUAAAUAAAGAAGUAUUAACAGCUACACAACAAGUCUUUGAAAAAGUUCCAUUUGGUCAAUUAACGAGUCAACUUAGUGCACCGCAUUUGGGAACAUUAUUUUUACAAUUAACGGUAGACGAUAUGGGUAUUUGUCUACCAUUAAAUCCUUUACCACCAAACAAUUGGGGAUUAAACAGAGGAUUAUACGACGGAGAAUUAAGGGGUGCAGUUGUGGUUACACUUGAAAAUACCAGCAUAUCAGCAUGUAGUAGUGGUAGUUUAGUUAGUAAAGCAAGGUUUGUAGGAUUAUGUCUAAGAUUUGCAGAAGAUUUUGAAACAUCUUUAGAUGAUUGGAAACCAGAUAUGACUGAUAGUAGUAUAAUGAAUUUGUGUGUAGUUUCUGAAGGUACUUAUGAAGUAUGUAGUAGAACAAUUGCUCAAAAACAAGAUAAAUCAGAUAACGCCAAAUGGAUAUUAAAUGUUCAGUGGCAAAUGGAGGGAGUCGACAUUCAUCUUGAUGUUAAUGUAGGACAACAAUUGUCAGCACUUGGUCACACAUUGACAAUGUUAACAGGUUUUGAAGAAGAUGAUAUGCAUGUUCCAGCUGAUUACGAUAGCGACGAUGCAGAUCAACCAGAUAAUAGUACUAGUCAGGUUAAGAAAAAAGAGAGUAUUUUGAUGAAGAAGUCGAAAAAUUGGACCGACAGUUUGCCUGCGUUUGUUUUCGAUCCUACUUUAGAUGCUAAGAAAAGAUCAAAAUUAAUUGAGAAGGAAAUGAAUGAACAAGCUAAGAUAAUAAACGAUUUAAGAUCAUUAGGUGCAUCUCAUGGUACUAUAGAACAAGAAAUGAAACGUUUACAUGAAUUAGAAGCUAUGGUAUUUAAGGACUUUAGAAGGGAUAUGAUUCAGAAAUUACGAAGACAAUCGGUUAAGGCAUCUGGAAUAAAAGGUAAAUUAGGUCUUGGGAGUAAAACUAAUGCGUAUCGUUCAAGGUCAUUUAUCGUACCUUCACCAACACCAGAACAUCAACUUGAAAGCCCAGAAGAUAUAAAUAUAGAAAUAAAUUCAGCAAAUUCGGCCAGUUACGAAAGUAGUCCUAGAAGUGGCCCAAGCAGAUCUGCUUCUCUUCGUGUUAGAGGACUUAGCGGACAACGAGUUACAUUUAGCGAUACUCAUACGAUGUGCAGGCAAUCGUCUUUACCUAGCGCGGGAUCAGAGUUCAGUUUACCUGAGGGAGAAUUAGAGUGGCCAGAGACUAUUGAAAUAGAAGGAGAGCAAGUUGAAUUACGAAAAAAAAAUAGAGACGCUAGUUGUACAUCUAGUUAUGAUAGCAUGGAAGGAAACGCACCUUUGCUCGACUCAUUUGGAAAAGAGCAAACUUCGUCUACUUCGUCGCCAUAUAUAACACCUCAAAAGACUCAAGAACCUAACAUAGACUUUGAACUUGAUGUGAAAGUAUUAAUUAAUAGUGGAAAAUGUGUUCUUCAUACGAAAGAUCCAACGAGGGAAGACGAAAUCAAGCUUAUGAGUAAAAUGAAAAAGGAGAGAUCCUGUUCUGGUGGAACGUUCGAAUUUCAACCUAGCAGUCCAAGCAGCAGUAGAAAACAUUUAAGUAGCAAAGAAAAAUCGUCCACUGCUAGUACAUCACGAUUACGAUACUUACAACAUGCGAGUGUACCUUUAGUAGAUUUAACAAUUUUUCGUAUUCCUGGUCUAGAUGUGAAGGUUCAUUAUGAAUCCAAAACUCUUCCCGAAGAGACAAUGUCUCCACGUGUUUCAACAGAAAAUACUUUAUUAAAUCCUACUCCUUCGUCUACACUUCGAAAAUCUAGCACUAAAAAAGCUAGUCUCUUCGCUUGGAUGACUCUUCAAAGUAUCCCAGAAGAAACUAUUAUAAGUCCUCAUAUUUUAGAAUUUUUCGAACAAACGUUAGAACCAAUUCCAAGCAAAAGUAAUUUCCAAAAUAACACGCAAACAAAUUCCGGCUUUCCGUCGGAAAACAUAGAGAGUACAUCAUGGGCAGCCACUGCGGCUAGUGGCAAUUACGUUUAUGCUAGUUUCCCAGUCGAUGUUAUAGUAUAUUUUCAUAUGCAGCCAUCUACUUUUAGAUUUUCUUGUCUACCAGUUUCUAGAGUAGAAUGUAUGUUACAAUUACCUUCUCUUGACAUAGUAUUCUCUUCAAAACGAGCCGAAGAGGAACUUAUAGAAUUUCGAGAAUAUAAAUCUCCAGUUACACAAACAACAGGCAAGGAAACGGGUUCAGCUAUCGGUGGAUUGUCCGUGACGGGAUGUCUUGCAGAUUUCUCUGUGUAUAUCUUUCAUCCUUACGGAGGUGGCAAGAAAACUGGUUUAAAAGAAGCUCAAUGGUCACCCUUAUCGGACAGUGAAAGAAAAGAUUCUUUAAGCAUUAACGUCGAAUUCGUGAAAUUUCAUUUAUCGAGGAUUAGAAAAUUUAAUUUCCAAAGCGAACAAUUAAAAAAGGUCCCAGAUGCUAGUAGUCGAGCUGUUAUACGAUUUUCGACAAUCGUUGAUAUUGGUUCUGCUUCGUUCAAAUACGACAUGCGUCGUUUGACCGAAAUCCUUGCAUUUCCAAAAGCAUGGUACAGACGUAGUAUAGUCAGACGUCUAUUUCUUGGUGAUCUCAGUACAGGUACGGCAUAUUCUGAAGGAGAUGGAAGUCCUCCAUUAAAUCAAGAAGAAGCAGUAAUGGGUAGUUCCUUGUUAAAACAUUAUGAUAGACAUGGAGGAGACGGAUUAUCAAAGAGCGCACCUGAGAGAAGUCCUACAUUAAAUAGAGAUAAAUUAAGACUUAGUUUGGAAAGCGAUAUACCAAGACACGCGCGUUUAAAAGACAUUGGACGAGGAUGGAGUUUUAGCGCGGAUAAAAAGGUCACGUCUGAAGUUAAAUUAAGAGAAUCAGCAUGGGAAACUUUAGUAUUAUUUGCAGUGAAUUUUACUCGUUUAAAUGUACAUAUGAACAUGGGUAAUGUCAUGGGUAAUGUCACUUGGAUGACCAAAGACUUUAGAUCAGAUGGAAGAUUAUCUAUAGGUAGUACCGGACAUAAAAACUUAUAUAUUGGCAUUGGAUUGGGUGGUUCCAGUCUAGAUGCUAAGGGUGGUAUUGUCGGUGGAAUUAUUGAAUUGAGUAAAAUUGAUACAUACAUACACAUUAGAGAAGAACCUGGAAUAGAACCUGAUCAUACAGUUGGAUUAAAAUUAUUUGCGUUAGAAUUACGACUCGAUUAUAUGGGAACAAGUGUACUUAUGUCUAGAGUAUCUUCCUUGGAUGUUACACUUCGUGACGAAUGGAAGAUUAAUCGUCAUACCAAUGGAGAUGCAUUUAUGCCGACUAGAAGGCCAGCGGUCAUUUUCAUGCAUGGUGAUUUGAGUUGGGACCAACUUCAACUUAUGAUCAGUAAAUCGACAACAGCAGAUUUAUUGAAAAUGUUUUACAAAUUGGACGAGUUCUUUAGUCAACAAUUUAAAAGUAGUAAACGAGUAUUUAGUUCUUUACAACCGAGACAUCAAAGAAUAAAUAAUAAUAGUAUGAAAAAGAGGCAACAAAAAAAGAGAUCUACAGUCGAUGGACCAUGGAAUUUAAAUCAAACAGCGAUAUCUGACGCUAGACAUCAUAGACAUUGGCAACGUGUAUUGGCUCAAGUAGCUGGUCUUCAAUUAGGUAGUUUAAGAUUUUCAUUGCCAUCGACUGGAACUGUUCUUGGAGGUACAAUGGAAUUGCAUGGUUCAAAUAUUAGUUUGGCCUGUUUUCAUGGUAUUAAUUUCAAAAGCAAAAGUUGGGCAUUAUUCUCAUUGAAGGAACCGUGUAUUAGUUUUGCUACAGAGGCUCAAGAAAUUCCAAGUGUAGAAUUACCAAAUACAUGCGAUGUACAUGUUGUACAAACUUUGACUAUUAGCUUAGGACAACAGCAAGAACAACAUGCAAGACAUCAUUCUAUGGCUACCGUAUGUAGACUGAGUCGUAGCGUACUAUUUCCUCCGCAAUUUAAAUCUUUACAAGAAUGGUUUCACUAUGCUUUUGCAAAUAGUGAGAUUGAUGCCGUAGAUCGAUUUCCAUGCGUUGAAAAAGAUAGAACAGAGGGUACACUUGAUAAUAAUAAUCCAACUCGAGGUAGAAGUACAUCUACUACAUCAGGAAAAUUGCAGGAUCAUUCCCAUGCAAGGGAAGUGAUAUUUGCGUUUCCUUCCUUGCAACUACAUUUAAAAACUGAACAUUUACAAACCGCCCGUACUCCAGAUGUUAUAGGACUUCCUAAGCAUAUUUUAUAUAGUGAGAAGCCGUUAGUGGAGUGCAGCUUCAUUACAGAAUUUGAAGAUCAUAUUUUUGUUACUGUCGAUGCAGAGGCAUUCUUCUUUCUGCAUGAUCUUAUUACAUCAUAUGUAAAGGAAAAAGAACGAGUGCAUACGAUGCAAACCAUGAGUGCACGUGCACAUAGUCCAGAUCCGCAAGAAAAAGAAAGUGCGAGUACAAGUGCAACUAGUGUUCCUACAUCCACGACUAUUACGACAGAAGAUGAGAGAAAACGCAAACAAUUUGAUCCAGCCGAGAUGUUCAUCAAGGAUUGGCGAUCUUACAGAUGUAAAACAUGGCAUUUAGAACCUACUGUUAGGUUACUUUCAUGGGCUGGGAAAAGUAUAGAACCAUAUGGUAUAGAUUACAUUCUUCAAAAAUUAGGAUUUUCUCAUGCACGUACUACGAUACCUAAAUGGAUUCAAAGAGGAUUUAUGGAUCCAUUGGAUAAAUUGCUUACUGUUCUUAUGUUAAGAAUGGUAUUAGCUGUACGUGAGGAACCAUUAGAUGAACAAAAGGAACAUAAAAGAGAAAAAUAAUUUGUAACUCUUUUUUUUUUGCGCUCUAUGUGACUUUUAACGAAUAUAUAUAUAUAUAUAUA